UUCAUUCCCUGCCGUUGAUGGACCCUCGCCUACAUUAUCACCUGUCUCGUUCGUUUAACAGAUAAUUAGCCAACAUUUAAUUUAAUAGACGUGAUUGCUAAUUAACAAUAUCAAUCAUUUAUCUCCUGCAUUCUUUACCACGUUGAUCUUAAAAAUAUAAAUCAGCAUUCAUGGUAAAACCUAGAAUUUCUUACGAAGCCAUCAUUCGCUUCCUUGGCUAAAGUUCUGACUGCCUCAACGUUCUGCGACUUCGUUGCCGGAUCCUAUAUACCUAUUUCUUUGCUACCCACCAGGGGCUAAACACAGAGGGGACAAACAAGGACAGACAAACGGAUUAAGUCGAUUACAUCGACCCCAGUACGUAACUGGUACUUAUUUAAUCGACCCCGAAAGGAUGAAAGGCAAAGUCGACCUCGGUUUAAUUUCUGACUUGCUUGAACGUACUGCGACUUGUUCCUUGCUGGAUCUCUAUGUUACCUGCUUACUGUCAUUGUCCACCUUGGAUUUAUUGUGAUAUCUUCCUCCUCCACAGGGUCUAUAAACGAUAGAAUAUCAGAGGACAUUGGCAUCAGAGGAAUUUUACUGCAGAAGCGUCAUCAAUAUUUAUCAUAUUUUGAAGAUGAUGUUACACAGAACUGGAUAUAAGAACCCUGUUUAUGUAAAUUAACUGUGAAUUACAGUAAAAUAUUUCUUCUGAGUGACAUUAUUGGUGAAAUUUCUUGGAUUCACUCUGAAACGAGUACAACCUAAAUUUGAAUUCUGAAUAAACUUGGAUAAAUUUAAAAAGACAUUUACAACAUCUGAAGAUAUCAGCAAAGCUUAUAUUUGAUAAAAAUAUGGCAGUUGUAACAUUUGUUAGGAAUAAAAUAUAGAAACAAGAAGAAAGGAAAUUUCCAGACCAUUUUGUUGAAGAAAAAAUUACAGAAAGAGGAAUUGUGUGAGAAUCUUGGAAUUUUGUUAGUUUUAGCUGCAGAGAUGCCAAAAGAAAGAGGAAAAUCUGUAUACGACUGUGAUAUCUGUGGUAAAUCAUUCUCUCUAAAGAGUUACAUAGCUACUCACAAACUUAGUCAUACAGGAGACAAACCAUAUCAAUGUGAUAUCUGUGGUAAAUCAUUCACUCAAAACAGUCACGUAACUAAACACAAACUUACUCAUACAGGAGAGAAACCAUAUCAUUGUGAUAUCUGUGGUAAAUCAUUCUCUCUAAAGAGUUACAUAGCUACUCACAAACUUAGUCAUACAGGAGAGAAACCAUAUCAGUGUGAUAUCUGUGGUAAAUCAUUCUCUGUGAGAGUAACUUAACUAUACACAAACUUACUCAUAC